GCAAGGCGUUAGCUGUCAACAACCCCCAAGUAAACAUGUCCAUCAAAACUGCUGUACUGUUUUCUUAUUCUUCACCGUAAAACGAAACAAUGUAAACGGUUCGCGAGGGGUUGAAUAAAGGAGUUUAUUUAUUUUUUGUUUUCGGCAACCAUAAUGGCCCAGGGCGUCCUGAGCUCGGACAUUUCCCGUAGGAACCCCCAGGACGACUACGAGCUGAUCCAGAGGAUCGGCAGCGGCACUUAUGGGGACGUUUAUAAGGCCAAACGGUUGUCCACCAACGACUUGGCGGCGAUCAAAGUGAUCAAGUUGGAACCCGGGGACGAUUUCGGGAUAAUCCAGCAGGAGAUUCUCAUGAUGAAAGACUGCAGACACCCCAACAUUAUCGCUUACUACGGGAGUUAUUUGAGGCGGGACAAGUUGUGGAUUUGUAUGGAGUAUUGUGGAGGCGGCUCCCUACAGGACAUUUAUCACAUUACUGGUCCUUUAACGGAGAUCCAGAUCGCUUACAUGUGCCGGGAGACCCUGCUCGGUCUCUCCUAUUUGCACAACAUGGGCAAAAUGCACCGGGACAUCAAGGGGGCGAACAUUUUACUGACCGAAGGUGGGGACGUGAAACUGGCGGAUUUCGGGGUGAGCGCCCAAAUAACCGCCACGAUAAACAAACGAAAGUCGUUUAUCGGCACGCCUUACUGGAUGGCCCCCGAGGUGGCCGCGGUCGAACGUAAGGGCGGCUAUAAUCAGCUGUGCGACAUCUGGGCGAUAGGGAUCACCGCGAUCGAGUUGGCCGAGUUGCAGCCGCCCAUGUUCGAUUUGCACCCGAUGAGGGCGCUGUUUCUCAUGUCGAAGAGCGGCUUUAAGCCGCCCACUCUUAAGGACAAGGAAAAAUGGAGCCCCACCUUCCAUAACUUCGUCAAAGUGGCGCUCACGAAGAACCCAAAGAAACGACCUAACGCGGAAAAGCUGCUGCAGCACGCCUUUUUCCAAAGUGAUAUGAGUAGAAGACUGGCCAUAGAAUUACUGCAAAAAGUGAACAAUCCCUCCCAUAUGUUCGCCGACGUGGAGCCCGACGAAGACGGGGCGGUGCCGAAUGUACCUCAAAGGAUCGCCUCGAGACUUACCUCGAGACCGAAACCGCAAAACGCUCAAUUCGUCGAUGUGAAUAGCAUCGACGAAGCAAACAAUACUUUACAAAGACUUGAAGAAACGAAGGAAACGAGCGAGGGGGAAAGGCCCUGGAACCUCGCGGACAUAAUGAACAACGUGAGCAGCGUGCACCACUGCGCCGAACACCAAAACAAAAAGUGGGGGAUCGGGGCCGCCUUCGAUUCUUUAAAUCGGGAAAACGAAGUAUCGGAACGAAAGGCUUUGACUGGCUCACAGAUUUUGAAAAUGUCUUUGAGGAGCCUUUUGCAGUACAUAGACGAAGAACUAAUGAUGAGGGGGACUUUCGAGUACGGAGGACACCCGGACUAUGAGCAAUUGGCCACCCUCCCCGUGCAGGACCAGGACGCCAAAUGCGACGUGCACCAGGUGUCCAGUCCCCUGGACGAUUGCGGCGCCCUCAACGGAUCCCCACGGAGACACUCCUCCGUGGACGAGAUCUUCGGACUGGUCAGUUCGUUAAACAUUAACGGACAACGACAGAGGUCGCUCAGCGACAGUUCGAGGGGGGGCGGCGGUACCGCCAACGGUCCGGAAUCGACGAAACUACACGAGGAAACGCCGAACCACGAGUCGACCCGGAGCCCGCCGGAUUUGGUGGCGUGUCCCCCCGUACCGCCCCGAAAACACAGGCGGCGACACACGCCGCCCCGGCCGCCCAGUAACGGACUACCGCCCACCCCUAAAGUUCACAUGGGCGCGUGUUUUUCCAAGGUUUUUAAUGGUUGUCCACUGAGGAUCCAUUGUACGGUUUCUUGGACGCAUCCGGAAACGAACGAUCAGCACAUCCUGAUCGGGGCGGAGGAGGGCAUUUAUAACCUCAACAUGAACGAGCUACACGAGACCUGUAUUGACCAAUUGUACAACAGACGGACGGUCUGGAUGUACGUCAUUAAGGACGUCCUGAUGACCUUAUCCGGAAGCAAAACGCCUCAAUUGUACCGACACGACCUGCUCGCCCUGCAGAGUAAACAGUCGCACCGGUUCAGUUUGCACAUGAACCGGAUCCCGGAAAAGUUGGUACCGCGGAAAUUCGCGCUGACCACCCGGGUACCGGAUACCAGGGGUACCCAAAAGUGUUGCGUCGCCAGGAACUCGUACAACGGGUACAAGUACCUGUGCGGGGCGACCUCUAGCGGCAUUUACUUGAUGCAGUGGUACGACCCGUUGAAUAAGUUCAUGUUGUUAAAGUACGUGGAGGCGGUUUUACCGAACCCCUUGAACGUUUUCGAGAUGAUCAUCACGCCAGAACUGGAAUAUCCGAUGGUGUGUGUCUCCAUUAAGCAAAUGUACCAGCCGAGCAGGUUCAAGUUGGACCUGAUCAACCUAAACUCCGUACCGAUUAUUUUACCCACGUGCACCACCGCCGAUUUGCCCAGGUGGUGCGGCGGUUAUUUGAAAAAAGCGCCAUUUUGGGCGAGUUGGUUCCAUUCGGACGAGCUCCAAGAGAUGGACGGUACCGAGACGAUGGUGCCGCGGCGGGAAAAUUUGAAUAUCGUUAACGUGACGCAAUUGGACAAGGACGUGAUCCUGGUGUGCUACGAUAACGUGGUGCGUAUGGUGACCCCCAACGGGAAGAUCAAAGUGAGCAAGAAGCAGGUGUCCGAGCUACGGUUCGACUUUAAGAUCGAGAGUAUUUUAUGUCUUCCGGACAGUGUCCUGGCCUUCCACAAACACGGCGUCCAGGGCAGAUCGUUGAAAAACGGGGAAAUCACGCAGGAGAUCACCGACACCUCGCGCACCUAUAAAUUAUUGGGCUCGGACAAGGUCGUCAUGCUGGAGAGUAAUUUAUUGAGGGGGAACACGCUGACCAACGAGGAGGGACACGACCUGUACAUCUUGGCCGGACACGAGGCCAGCUAUUGAGAGCGAGGCGACGUUGCCGGAUCGGGCAAAAAAUCCCCGCUAUUUUUUAAAAUUUUUAGAACAUAUAGUGGACAUUUCCUAGACGAAUAAUAGGGACGUUUCUCGUUACAUAAGUACCUUAUUUAGCAAGAGAAGAGAGAGAAAAAGAGCAUAUUUUUCAAAAUAUUAUUAGACAGAGACAGACGUGAUCUAUUUUCGAGGUUGAGUAAAUUCUAUUUAAAUUAAAUUAAAUCUAGGAGACGCUUUUUUAUCGGCUAAGGACGAACCGUUUAUCCUUGGGGACGACAGGCAGUUGUUUAUAGACUGAGUGAGAUGAAAAAAAAGAAUCCUAGUCAGACCCUGUUCGGCCCUGUACAUAAAUCCCCCCUCCCUCACUGGUGUAAAUAUAGUGUGAUAUGUAGAUAAUUAAUUAACUAAUUAAUUAAAUUCGCCCCUCGGCCCCCUCUACCCCCAAUUUGUCAUGUUAAUAUACGGGGUGUGUGCCCCGCCUAAUUGUACAUAUUGUAAACGAGAUUAUACCAAAAAAACAUUAUUUUUUUUAGUUUUUAAGCUGUCAACGCCGCCUUAUAAUUUGUUUAAUUUAAUUAAUAUUCCAUGUCCCCCAUGUUAUUUUAUUAUUAUUAUUAUUAUUAUUAUAAUUAUUAUUGAAUAAACGAUAUUUUAAUUGUUUAAA